UUCUCGUGGCCAUUUCCGCCAUGUACGCCCUCGCGAAAAAGGAGCCUAUCACAGCGAAGCACACGUUACGAGCGUUCUCGGCGAUGAGCUCAUCCCUGGUGUGGGAUGACGUCAAAUACAAAAUGGAUGGAAUCACGACAGCCGCACGCUCAACACAAUUCUAAAGCCGAGCCUCGUUUCAGGUUGCCUACGGCACCAAAAAUAAAUCGGAAAGCUAAUAUGGAGAACUUGGUGCAUUACAUUAACCCUGCACAUGCCAUCUCCUUGCUCGGCGUCCUCAAUGAGCAGCGGCUGAAAGGUCAGCUCUGCGAUGUCAUCUUGAUCGUAGGGGACCAGAAGUAUGAGGCGCACAGGAGCGUUCUGGCUGCGAGCAGCGAGUACUUCCAGUCCUUGUUUACCAGGACGGACUCGGAGGCCCAUGCAGCCAUCCAGUUGGACUUCUGUGAGCCAGAUGCCUUUGAAAAUGUACUCAAUUAUAUUUACUCGUCCUCGCUCUUUGUGGAAAAGGGGAGUUUGGCAGCCAUCCAGGAGCUUGGGUACAGCUUAGGAAUCCCUUUCCUGACAAACAUCAUGUCAGCAAAGCCUCAGGUUUCUUACAGCAUCUCCAGAAAGAGGCUUUCUUUUUCUGAAGAGGAUAAUAAUCACUACCAGAAAAGGAGUGUCAUUGUCUGUCAGAACAGCAGCUCCUCUCAUGUUAAAAGCCUAAAUCGGCAGGGGAAAACAUCUGACAGACAGACACCUUCUGUGGCACCUAAUCAGGUAUUGUCAAGCUCUUCUAUCAAAAGUCCAUGUCAUUCUUCUGAAUAUGAAGAGUCCAAUGAAACUUCGAGAAGCACAACAUCCAAACUUGGAAGUUCUUCAGAAGCCUCUCAAAACAGCACCCACACAUCCACUUCAGCGACCUGCAUCCCAAGAGGCAGAGCAAUAGACUUGUCACACACACGACCACAGCUGACCUCCUCGGUUUCCCUCAGCGAAUCUCAGAUACAGCAUGGCAGCUUGCAGGCAGGCACUGUGAGUGCCAGGGAUGAAUCGCUGUCCCCUCUGUGGAAUCCCCGGCAACAGUUUGCUGGCCAAACUCGGGAUGGGAGCCAGAGCGUUGACAGAAGUGGCCCGCUCAUAAAAAGCCUGCUACGCAGAUCUUUAUCAAUGGACAGCCCUGUACCAGUCUUCUCUCCAGCACUAGAACUCAGAGCAGAAAAAAGUAGAGAGCAGUCUGUUGUAAAACUGGCAACAAAGUCAACUGAUUUGGAGUCUGCAGAGCACAACCAUCAAAAUUCCAACACAACCCCAACACUUGUUUGCAAAUCCAGGCACUACAGUAUAUAUGAUGAGGGAGAUCCUCACAAAAGUGAGGUCCAUGUAAAAACAGAACCCAGUAGCCCACUGGCAGAUCCCUCUGAGAUUAUAAGGAUUACAGUUGGAGAUAAUUUGCCUGUGAACUUCAGAGACUUUCAGGUGAACUUUGAUGAAGGUCCCAGAGGAUUUUUCAAACAUUCUGGAAAAAGAAAGGCCAGACUAGAUGGCAGAAGGACUCCUAAAAAGUCCAAAGGUAAAAAUGAAUCCGGUUUAGAAACAGAUGAUAACAAACCUACUACUUUACCUCGAAAUUCAGAUUUAAAUGACCGGGGUGAAGCCCAUCAAAACCAAAUGUUUAAGUGCUGGAAUUGUUUAAAGGUUUUCCGAUCAAAUGCUGGACUCUAUCGUCACGUGAACAUGUAUCACAACCCAGAGAAGCCCUAUUCGUGUGAAAUUUGUCAUAAGAGAUUCCAUACAAACUUUAAAGUGUGGACUCACUGUCAGACACAGCACGGCAUCAUACAGAAUCCAGCUCCCUCCUCCAGCUCCUACUCAGUAUUGGAUGAGAAGUUCCAAAGAAAGCUGAUUGACAUCGUUCGUGAAAGGGAAAUAAAGAAAGCCCUUAUUAUGAAGCUCAGGAGAAAUAAGCAGGGAAGUCUCCAAUCUCAGCCAUUUAGUAAGAGGAACUUAAGAGCAAGGUCCAAGACUAAUGUGUGUCCAUAUUGUGGAAAACUCUUCUGGUUUCAGUCUCAGUUCAAGCAGCAUCUAAAAAUGCACCCUUCAGAAAAGUCUGAUUCUCAGGCAGAAAGGAAAGACAACAUGCUUCAGAAUCAAGAUUUGGCCAUGCAUCCAAAAGAAAGCAGAAGUAAUGAAGUCUAUUCUUGUAGACUUUGCAACGAGAAGCUGACAUCACUGUUUGAGCAGGGUGAUCACGAGAGGGGAUGUCGGCAUGCAACAGUGUGCCUUUACUGUGGCCUUAGGUUCUCGAGCCCGACAGUGAAAAAAGAACAUGAAACCCACUGCGAAUACAAGAAGCUGACAUGCCUGGAGUGCAUGCGCACAUUCAAGUCCUCCUUCAGCAUAUGGCGUCACCAGGUGGAGGUCCACAACCAGAACAUAAUGACAGCAAAAGAACAACUGUCCCAACACCAGCAGGAGAGCAACAGCAAAGUAUCUGAUCUAAUCAGGCCUCCAGAACCCAUGAGUGCUGGAGUCUCCAAGGAGGAUGUUGUCUUCAGUGACUCCUCUGGUCCGGUGAUGUUUGAUUCAGAAGAAUCGUCUUUCAUGCCAGAGGACAUGAGUGUUGCCCAGAGCCAGGGAGAGUUAAGGGUGAAGGAGGAGCCAGAGGAGGAGGCCAUAGACAAGCAGGUCAGAAGGGAUUCUGCUGAUGCAGUUGCCGAGGAGUCUGGAGUGUGGCCCUGCGAGAAGUGUGGCAAGCUGUUCACUUCACGCAGGCAGCUGGAGCGCCACCAGGAGCUGCUGUGCCACAUCAAGCCCUUCAUCUGCCAUAUCUGCAAUAAAGCCUUCCGGACCAACUUCCGCCUGUGGAGCCACUUCCAGUCACACAUGACAGGUCCAGAGGACCCAGGGGUCAGGGAGAGGAGUGAGCGGCAUCCAUCCUCACCGUCCCCAUCUCCGCCUCUUCAAACAUCAGUACCAAACCCAACCCUACCCAGAGCAGGACCCCAAGCAGGAACAGGAGCUGAGCCCCUUGUCACAGCAGCUCCUGCUCUCCAGUCACCAGAGCUAAAAAAGCAGGACAGUUGUCCUCUGCCCAAGGCAGACAUUACAGAAAAGCCUCUCACUCCUCAGGAAUCGGACACAUUGUUUUACCACGCACCUACUCUCUCAGCCCUGACAUUUAAGAGGCAAUACAUGUGCAAGCUCUGUCACAGAACUUUCAAGACUGCAUUCAGUCUUUGGAGCCAUGAGCAAAGCCACUCUAACCCAUAGCUAGUUACCGAUGUCUCCUACUCUACCUAGUUCCCUUCAGCAGAGAUCUGGGCUUUGAGACGCCUAUAUAGCUACUUCUGGUAGCUGUAGCGGUGAAAUACAAAUACUGUAAGCAGGAAACAAAUUCCAUCAGUGUUACAUUUCUGAUUUUAUGACUGAUUUUGAUAUAGUGUUGUUAAAAUUGGUUAUUGGAUUUAGGUUGUGUUUCUUGUUAAUCAAAGGAUUUCUUAGCUUUUUGUCACUGUAUUUCUGAAAAUAUCCAUAAGUCUAAAUCCAAGUAUAAAAUAGCUUCUUUCAUAGCAAUAAGUAUGGCCAGUGUCGCAGCCCAAAUAUUUUUUAUUUUAUACGUUUUUUAGUAGAAUGAAGGAUGGUUAAUUCUGUAUUAGCCUAAGAAUUGUGCUUUUUGUUGAAGAAUCACUGUUGUCAGGUACUACUACAGAAUAAUGUUUA